AUGUCCACGCAACCCGCUAUAUCUAUCUGUCUUCGUACGCUCUUUGUGUAUCUCUUGCUGGCGUCCAAUGCGCCGCUGGUCUUGUCUCAAUGGCAAAAUCCACUUCAGAAGGAGCCUCCAGUUGGACAGCCAAAGAAGAUAGCCAUUAUAGGUGCCGGAGCUGGAGGAGCGUCAACCGCGUACCAUCUUCGGAAAUAUGCCGAUUUCUUCUCCAUCCCCCUUAAUAUCACGGUUUUUGAAAAGGCAAACUAUGUCGGCGGAAGAUCCACGACCGUUGACCUCUUUGAUGACCCGACCCAACCCGUGGAGUUGGGCGCAUCGAUAUUUGUCAAUGCCAAUAAAAAUCUCGUCAGGGCAGCGAAGAAAUUUGGUUUGACCGUGCGAGAAGCUAACCACGGGGCCCCGCGAGAGUCUACCCAUAGUUUGGGAGUAUGGGAUGGGCAUAAAUUUGUCUUCCUGCAACGUUCUACCAACUUUCGCUGGUGGAAUAUUUUCCGGCUGCUUUGGCAAUACGGUUGGGCCCCGAUGAGAACCCAGAGUGUGAUGAAAUCUACGAUUGAAAAGUUUCUCAAACUUUACAAAUGGCCUUAUUUUCCGUGGAAGUCUUUAUCUGCGGUAGCUCAAAGUACCGGUCUCGCUGCAGCGACUUGGUCAACGGGAGCCGAAUUUUUACGGGACCACCACAUCUCCGAGGAUUUCUCUCGGGAAGUCAUCCAGGCUAGCACUCGCGUCAAUUAUGGCCAGAAUCUUCCUUUAAUUCACGGCUUAGAAACAAUGGUCUGCAUGGCCACCGAUGGCGCAAAGUUCAUUGAGGGUGGAAACUGGCAAAUCUUCCAGGGAAUGAUUGAUGUAUCCAAGGCCAACUUGAGCCUCCAGACUGAAGUAAAAGAGGUCCAUCGGAACGAUGAUGAUACCUAUACCCUCGCCUACAAGACUGAAGGAAGUAAUGUUACGCGACAUUCCGACUUCGAUCAGGUGGUUAUUGCAAGCCCCUUUCAGUUUACAGGCAUUAAAAUAUCUCCAUCCCUCGAUUACCUCCCCGAUAAAGCUCCCUAUGUCGAACUUCAUGUUACCCUUCUAGCCUCGCCUCAUAAAGUCUCUCCGCGCUUUUUUAGAUUUCCAGAAAAGGGAUUCUCCGUUCCGGAGGUGAUCCUAACCACUCUUCCGAAUGGCCUUGAUUUGGGAGCUCGCCGUGACGGCGUAGGACCCGCUGGAUUCUGGAGCAUUAGUACGAUCAAAAAAGCGAGACCGCCGACGGCCUCAUACUCAUCGGGCGAAGAACAUUAUAUAUACAAGAUUUUUUCACCCAAGCCGCUUAACACUCAAUUCGUUUCCGACCUUUUUGGUAUCCCAGAAAUGGAUCUGUAUGCUGACCAUAACACUACACUCCGCGUCUCGGGCUCCGAACUUUCGGGUUUCUCGGCAAGUGAAAUCUCAUGGGUUCAUGAAAAGAAGUGGCAAUCCUACCCAUAUUUGUAUCCCCGCGCAACAUUUGAGGAUAUCAAAUUGGCGCCAAACCUUUGGUACACAAGCGCCAUUGAAAACUUCAUUUCAACGAUGGAGACAAGUGCGCUUUCAGGUAUGAAUGUGGCCGCUCUUAUUCUGAGUGAGUGGAUCUCCGAGUUUGAAGUGAAGUUGAAGAAGUAUGAAGAGAACUCGUAG